AUGGCGUUGUUCGCCGGGGAGGCGCCCAACGCGGCGAAGGACGACCAGCCUCUUUUGCCGCACACUCGAAAGAAACAGGCUACGUACCGUCAGUGCUGUUGCUGUCCGCUGAGCACAGGUGUGACGCUGUGGGCGGUCUUUCUCAUCGCGUUCUCUGUUUUUCUCAUGUUUGAAUUCAACAUCCGCGGUGCUGCCUUCACAACAGGAGCCGCCCUCGGGCUCAUCACGGCGACGCUCCUUCUCUGCGCGGCUGGUCAGCAAAACGCAUUCAUCGCGUUCGUUUCCUUCUACCUUCAAAUCAUGGUGUACCUGUUGUGGGCUCUGCAAAUGUCGCUCACUGCCAUUGCGCUUUGGAAGCUCACCCACCGGCCUUCGAACCCGUCCCCUGGCGAGUCCGAGUCCGCCGUCUCGCCUCGCGUGGCUCUCAGCGAAUACGUCGUCAUGAGCGACACUUCGAUCCGCGGCAGCGGCGCGAAGCGCAUCCUGACGUACGGCCAAGUCGAAGUGUCUGUGGCGUCCUACGAGGCGUUUUUCUGUGCGUUCUACGGUCUGCAACUCCUGCUUGCUCAUUUCGUCUUGAGCAUGCUGUGGAGUUUCUACCGCGUGCUGCAAGCUGGCGGGACUGGGUUCGAGCGGAAAACUGCGGAGGAAAUCGAAGAAGACGCUCUCACUGCCCAGUUCCCAAACUACACAGAGGAGACGCCACGGUGA